AUAUAUCUGAUCAGCGUGAACACGCCUUUCAUCGCGAGCAGCAGCGCGGGCACGUAAUGCGCACUAGCGAGGGUCACUGCAGGUGUGACAGUUGUUGAUGAUGUAAUGUUGCUACGGAUGGCGGUGUGUGCCAGGCUCUGUGGAGUGGGUCAGUCGCGGCGGUGCCGGAGGCGGCAGAGGCACAGCCAGGCGAACCGGGAGAGCGACUCCGAGACGGAUAUGGACGACGAGGAGGAGGAGAGGGUGGUGGUGGUGGGCAAAAUGAAAGACGACCCCGGCUGUCAUAAGUCCUGCACUGCGGGGCCUAGCGGGGUCGGUUUCGAGGCCUCUGUAGGGCCGCCCCAUCCGCAGUCGCUGCUGGAUUUGCCCCCGGAGAUUUUAGUGGAGAUCUUUUCGUCUCUACCGGGCACGGCGCUGCCCAACCUGGCGCUAGUGUGCAAGAAAUUCAGGCAGAUCUUGAACACGGAAACAAUCUGGAGGAGGAGGUGUACCAAUGAAUUUGGUAUGAGAGAUGACCCACGGAAGAUGGAAAUUGUGGGUAUGUCAAGUCGAGAGCUUUAUGUUAAACGUGUGAACCCGAAGGUGAAGUCAGGGCGCUUUAUGAAGCUCCUCCCUGAUUAUGAGCACAUGGACUUACGGGACGUGUACACACACUUGCUUCAUCCUUAUAGACACAUCCUUGGUCUCUGGCAGCCUGAUAUUGGCCCAUAUGGAGGAUUACUGAAUGUGGUGGUGGAUGGGUUAUUCAUCAUAGGCUGGAUGUAUCUACCACCCCACGAUCCCCGUGUUGAAGACCCGAUGCGCAGACGGCCUCUUUUCCGCAUCCACAUGUUGGAGAAAAACAAAGCCACGGUUGAAUGUAUGUACGGCCACAAAGGCCCUCAUAAAGGAGAUAUUCAGACUGUGAAAAAAGACGAGUUUUCCACCAAAUGCAACCAGACUGACCACCAUCGAAUGCCUGGAGGCAGACAAGAGGAGUUCAGAACAUGGUUGGAGGAGGAAUGGGGAAGAACACUGGAGGAUAUUUUCCAUGAGCACAUGCAGGAGCUGAUCCUCAUGAAGUUCAUCUACACCAGCCAAUAUGAUAAUUGCCUGACGUACCGGCGGAUUUAUUUGCCCCCGUACCUCCCUUCAGACCUCCUGCAGCCGGGUCUCUUUAAGGGGACGUAUGGAAGUCAUGGCCUGGAGAUUAUUAUGCUAAGCUUCCAUGGCUCCAAAGCCAAAGCUACAAAGCUUACUGGCGAUCCCAAUGUCCCAGCAGGUCAGCUGACCUUAGAAAUAGACCUGAACCGGCCACUGCGUCUGCCGGACCUGGAGCACCAGAGAAACAUGGAUGAGCUCCAACAGCUCGUGAUGGGGGUGCAUGAGGAGGUCCAGAGGAGUUUGCAGGCCCAGGAUGUCCCAUCAGAGGGUGCAGAGGCGAGCCCUUCUCAGGGGGCGGAGAGUUCGGGGUCAGACCCCCCUGCUGGGGUGGGAACCGUCGAGCCAGCGGCCGCCACCUGCAGUGCCACUUCUGAACCACAAUCGUUCGUGCUGCCUUUGGGAGUCAUGGCCCGCAAUGAAGUGUACCCACGAACCUGUAAGAUGUGUUUUUACGGAACCGGCCUGAUCGCCGGCCACGGCUUCACGAGCCCCGAGCGCACGCCGGGUUUGUUCGUCCUGUUUGACGACGACCGCUUCGGCUUCAUCUGGCUGGAGUUGAAAUCCUUCAGUAUGUACAGUCGCCUGACGGACCAGCUGUCUCACGCCCAGCCACCCUGCAUGGAGCGCUUUGAGGCCAUGCUCCGUAACAUGCAGUCAUGGACGUCCUGAUAGCCAACAACGCACGCAUUUAAUCAACUGUACCCAUCAGAUACACAAUUUACCAGAUACAACCCAGAAAAACAGCCGUCAGGGACACAAACAUAUUGCUUGCAUCUGCGUAGGUGUAUUUACAGCGACAUGCACAUACAGGUUGUAUUAUAUUAAGCCUUUCUUAUCAGCUUUUUAAUUAAUUUAUUUUUGUAACCUGAAAAUGGUGAAGCGAGAUACGUGAAAAUUCACUCACAUACUCUGGAAAAAGCUGAGUGUGCCUCUGAUUUUCACCCGAAAUCCUGUGAUUUCGUGAUUUGUAAUUAUUUUAGAUUAUGUCCCCAACAUGGAAAGCAUCUUUUUAUUAAUGUAAUUUAUUUAUUUAGUUUUCCGAUGAACGUUAUUUUUGUAACAUCCAAACUCACGAACAUUAAUGACAUGGAAGUGCACUUCCAAAAUGUUUGCGUGCUGACAGUACUGUGCAAUGUUUCACACAGCUUAAAGUAACCUCAAAAUAUUUACAUAUUUUAUAUAAGUAUUUUUGCUUUAGGAAAAAUAUUUAAAUAGGCGAUAACAUUGACUGUAAUGAUGGAGGUUGGCAAGUUUCAAUAUUGUUGUUUUUGUCUUGUUUUCAGUAGAAAUAUUUAAAAAUUCUUAAAUUAUGAUGCAUUUUCUUUAUGAGCAAAAUUACCUUAGAAAAUAAGUCUAGUUUUUUGACAGAAAGUACACAAUUUAAGUGCAUUUGUGCUUAAAACAAGCAAAAAAAUCUGCCAACUGGGUAAGAAAAAAUCCUUAAAUAAGUUUAGUUUUUUCUUAAACACUUAAUACAAAAAAUAUAUUUUUUGCUUGUUUUAAGCACAAAUUAAUUUAGGGUUUUUUUUAUACAAAAAAAAACUAAUUUUAAGUGCAUUUGUGCUUAAAACAGGUGCAAAAAAAUCUGCUAAUGGGGUAAGAAAAAAAUCCUUAAAUAAGUAUACUUUUAUCUUA